AUGGAAAUGGUUGUGGGUUUUUCUUUGGAAAUAUCAAAGUUCAAGAAGGGCGGAAUCCACAAAACAUCGUCCAAACUUUCUAUCCCUUCGCUCUGCCUCCGCUACGGCCGCCACCGAUUCCAACUACCCCGGUUCAACUGUCAUCGCUUCCGCCGUUACUAUCGUCGUCGCCUCCUCCACCGCCAUUGUUGUCUCUACAGCCAUUGUCGACGAAGAAGGCGGUCGGAACUACGUUCGGAGCUAUCGCGGCAGGUCUCCAUUUUCCGAGCUCCGACACUCCGACUGCUGCGAACCAUCGACCAACUUGCUAUUGCGAAUAGGCUGUUGUGGUUCAUCAAAGAUAAUCACAAAGACUCUUGGUUGGCUGCACAGAGAGAGGACCUGCAGAGAUUAAUGGACUUGUUAUCAAUUAAGGUAUAUCAUGCACGAACCUUACUUAUUCAUUACCGUUGGGAUUCUGAUAAGGUCUUUACAGCAUUUGUGGAGAAAGGGAAGGAAAGGUUAUAUGUUGAUGCUGGUUUAACAAUAGAACGCAACGAUGAUCAUUCGUUAUCUGAGUCCACUGCUAACAUGGAAUGUGAAAUCUGUUUUGAUAAUAUUUCUGUUGCAAAGACAACUAUAAUGGAUUGUCGCCAUUCAUUAUAAGGAUCUAUUCUAACUCUUCAUGCAUGAAUCUGAUUCCUUUUUUUUGUUCUUCUAGAAUUUGUUCUAAUUUCAACUAUUGGAUUUCGAUGAACUUUUGCAGUUA